AUGCGCUACAAUAAUUCACGCGACGCAGGCUCCUUCUCUCCUUCCUUUACCAGUUAUUCCAAUCAAUCACCAAAUAUCCUCAAUCGUGUGUGGGAUCAGCUACGAACCUGCACAACCCAAUGCGUCACUAUCUGGGAUGAAACCCCCAAGGAUAGCGAUUCUCAGAGCUUUGUGGUGCGGAUGUUCAAGAAUAUUUUCACAGUUGCAAAUGGCGUGAUCUUACUAUGGAUUCUUACUCUCUGGUGGGGAGAACGCACAGUGUUUCAAGAACACAUAGAUGCAUGUGUUUGGCAGGGUUGGGAGAGAUGGCCUCAAUAUGCAACACCAUACCAUGUCGUAUUCGUUGCUGACCCUCAGCUUGUCGAUCCCCAUACUUACCCUGGUCGCCCGUGGCCUCUUUCAACCUUGACAGUCAAGUACACAGAUCAGUUUAUGAGACGGUCAUUUGAAUCUAUACAAAGCAACCUUGUUCCUGACUCGGUACUAUUUCUCGGUGACCUAUUUGACGGCGGUAGAGAAUGGGCCACGCAAACGAGUUCCAGCCCCGAGGCUCGCUAUAAGAAAAUCAAAGAUUCGUUCUGGAAAAAGGAGUACAGUCGAUUCGCAAAAAUAUUCUUGAAUCCAUGGGCUCAAUCGGAAUUCAUUUCGGUGGAUGACCGGGGUCGUAGGCUUCUUGCAAAUUUGCCCGGAAAUCACGACCUUGGUUUUGGCAACGGGAUUCAAGAGCCAGUCCGUGACAGAUUCCAAAGUUACUUCGGACCCAGCAACAGAAUUGAUGUGAUCGGAAACCACAGCUUCGUGUCUGUGGACACCCCUUCCUUGAGUGCGAAAGACCAACCGGAUCCUCUCACAGGAAGCUCCACCGAUAAUAACGGCGAGGAUGGACCGGCGCCCAUCUGGAAGGAUGCUGGUGAUUUUAUCAACCAGCUGGCCUCUCGAAAGGCAAAGGCUGAGAUGGAUGAACUCAGAAUGCUGCAGAACCAGACGGAGGGCUUCAAAUUCGACUACCGCGUUGCAGACGCCACCGAAGACGUGAUUCACCAACUCCCCGAAUCCACAGAUUUCUCAUUUCCCACCAUCCUUCUCACUCACAUACCACUCUAUCGCAAUCCAGCCACUCCAUGUGGCCCACUUCGCGAGCGAUACCCGCCAUCAUCUCCAGACCUGGACGAAGACGAGCCCAACUCGCUCAAGAUUGCGGGUGGCUACCAGUAUCAAAAUGUUCUGACAUCUGCAAUAUCCGCUGAUUUGGUCUCAAAAGUGGGCCCGAAUCUGGUGCAGGUCUACUCCGGCGACGACCAUGACUACUGCGAAGUUGUCCAUCGCGAGUUCAACGGUUCCCCCAGAGAAAUCACAGUGAAGAGUUUUUCUUGGGCUAUGGGUGUUCGCCACCCUGGCUUCUUGCUCACCAGUCUAUGGAACCCAAUUGAUCCCAAGACGGGAGAAUCAACCCAAAAUAGCCAUACACCAACCUUGCAGAAUCACCUCUGUCUUCUCCCCGAUCAACUCGGCAUCUUCAUUCACUACCUCUACAUCCUUGGUUUUAGUAUUACCGUCCUCCUCGCUCAUUCCACCUACCACGCCCUCUUCACCCCAGAACCAACUCAGCCCAACGCCCCUGUCCUCCCCCUUUCUGAAAAACGAACCUACGUCUCAGAACACCACACCCCAGGACCCCAGGACCACACAUUUGGUACGUCCAGCUCCACAUUAUCAUCAACGGGUAGCCUGGCCAGCCGCGGUGGGUUCAUCGUACCCCGCUACCCUCUCAUCAACUUUACCCACAAUGCUUAUAGUGGUCCAGAAGAGAGUACUUUAUCCGAGUCAACAGACAAGGGUGCAUACAAUCAAAUCCGAUUACAACGCCCAUUUUCUAAGCUAUCGAUCAUGGGCAACGAGUUCUAUCGUUCUGUCAAGCUCGUUGCGGUAGUUGUUUUGUCUGUGUACUUCUUUUUGAUCUGGCGCUGGUAG